UGUCACAGGUCACGUGACUCUCUGACUGAUGACGUACGCUCGCUGCUAGAGGCUCGAUUCUGGCGUGAUUCCACGCUUUUACGCGUUUUAUAUCUAUCUACGUUUGCUGAUUCUGUCUGAUCAUGUCCACAGAUGUGUUGGAAGCCACAGUGAUGCUGGAGGCCUUGCGUGUGACCGAGCUUCGUCUUCUGCUCUCCAAGAUGGGCAAGAGUAAAAGCGGCCUGAAGAAGGAUCUCAUGAAGAGAGUCGUGGAUCUGCUGCACAAUGAAUGCAAUCCUGAGCUUCUGUCUGCUGUCCGGGAGCUGCACAAACUCCGACAGGUUUCCAAAGACGCCCGCAGGAGCUCAAAGCCCAGUCCUGUACAAAUCAUCUCCAUGCCGGCGUGUGUCUCGCCCGAGAAUCUCCAGUCACCCGUAUCGGUCUCUACAGAACCUCAGAUGAUCAAACUGCCCUUCUACCAGACGCUGGACACCAUCCUGCCACCGGCUCCUCUGGUGCCCAUGUUUGAAGGAGCCAUGCAGAACUCAGAUUUCUUGUUUCAUCUCAGUGCGAGUCAACAAGCUCAGAUCCAGAACAGCAA